GUUGAGAGUUGCCUGUCACUAUCUGGUCAAUGACACCAAGGUAGUGCAGUUCUUGUACCAGAAUAAUCCUGCACCUGUAGUCCAGCCUGGCUUGGGGGACCUUGCAGUCAUCAUGCGGCUUGCAUUGGAUUCUACCUACAACGACUUCUAUGGAGCUCAGGAUUACCCUGUUGUGAAGUACUUGCGAAGACCCUUGUAUUUUGAGGUAGAGCUCCUGUACAGCAGGGAUCCACAGGCUGAAUUGUUUUUGGAGAACUGUUGGGCAACCUAUUCUGCCGACAGGAAUAGCUCUCCAAAGUGGGAUGUUGUUGUGGACAGCUGUGAGAACUCUGCAGAUGAGUACUUGACCAUCUUUCACCCAGUCUCCAGCAAUGCAAGAGUGCUGUUCCCAUCCCAUCUGAAGAGGUUUGAAGUGAAAAUGUUUUCCUUCACAAGCGGCCGGGAUGCACUGAAAGGACAGGUAAAGUGGAGUGUUGGGAUGGGUGUCUUGUACCACAAUGCGUGGUUUGGAUUGCUUUGCAAGCAGCAAAUAGUCACUGUGCUCAAAUCUUUAGUGAGUUGGAAUGAAAACAUAUAACUGCACAUU